CUUAGUGUUUUCCUUGUACAGUGACUCCAUGGGUCCCUAUGGGUCCCUGACGGCACCGUUGCAUGUCGCAGAUGUGACGCGCGUUGUCCCUUGCCUUGGCCUUGCGGCUGGGGUGACGUCUGGUGGGAGCUCCAAGGCCGCGAACGACCAAGCGAUCCGAAGUUGUGGGGACUGGAGGGUGGCCCUGAAGUUGUUGCAUUUGGGCGAGCUUCGGGGAGGAAAGUUGGAUACUCUCUCCUUUGCAGCAGCAAUGAAGACCUGUAGUAGCUGCAAAGCAUGGCAGCAAUCCUUAGCGCUCUUCGAAGAAAUGAAGACCAGAUCUCUGGAAAGGAACGUUAUUACGUUCAGUAUGGCCCUGAACACCGUGGCACAAGAACGGUGGACGCAAGCCCUGGGCCUACUCAGCCAGGCGGCGGCAGAAGGUAUCGAGGAAGACCUCCAGCUGCUGAACUCCGGCAUCGCCUGCGCGUCCAGCGCCUCCGCAUGGCCUGUGGCGCUUCAUCUCUUCGCGGAGCUGCCGGGGAAGGCGCUGCGCGGCGACGUGGUGUCGUACAAUGCGCUGAUCAACGCCUGUGGCAAGGCCUGGAAAUGGCAGGAAGGCUUGCAGAUUCUGAGCAAUUUGCCAGGUGGGCUGCGUGCAAACAUCAUCACUUUUGGUGCGGCCAUGAAUGGGUGCCACAAAGCCGGUGAAUGGCAGCAAGUGCUACAACUCUUUGAGGAUCUGCAGAUGAAGGCCUUGCAGGUGUCGGCCAUCGCCCUGUCCUCGGUGCUGGGCGCCUUAGCGCGGCAGUCACGCUGGAGCGAGGCCCUGGAAGCCCUGGAAAGGAUGCACUGCGCGCAGCGCGGAGAGGAACAGAUGCACCAGGUGGCGCUCGCGGCUUGCAUUGAGGGCUCACACUGGCAGGCUGCUUUGCAGCUGGCUCAGCGCUUCCGGAGCAGGGCGGCCUACACAGAUGCGAUGAAACUCUGCGAAGAGCUGGGCCACUGGGAGCAGGUCCUCCGCCUGUUGGCUGACGCCGAGCCUGACACGGUGCUGUGUAACGUGGCCCUGAAUGCCUGUGGCAGAGCCAAGGCGUGGCGACAGGUGCUGCAGCUCUUGGAAGAGCUUCACUGCUAUGGGGUGAAGCCAGAUAUCAUCAGCUACAACUGUGCCAUUACAGCCUGUGGCAAGGCCCUGCAAGGCAGCAGGGUUCACGAUCUGCUCCGCCAGAUCGAUGAUCGGGACCUGGAGGCGACGGUGGUGACCCUUUCCGCUGCCAUGGAUGCUUUCAAUCGCAUCGGGAACUGGCAGGAGACUCUCUUGCUGUGGCCGAGAUUUCGGGGAAGCCUGAGAGCGAAUGAGUUCACCUAUGAUGCCAUGCUCCAUGCGUUCUCCUUAGCCCGUUACUGGCGGAGAAGUCUGGCGCUCCUCCGUCGCAUGGGUGACCGGAAGAUUUCUCCCAGCUCGACAUCGAUGAGCGCGGCCAUCAAUACGUGUGGAAGCAGCCUUCAGUGGACUUACGCCCUGACCUUGCUGGAGGAGUUCCAAGGUUUGCGCGUGGUGUUGGACACCGUGGCCACCACGGUGAUGUCUGCGUUGGGCCGAAGUGCCAAGUGGCAACAGGCCCUGCUGGUGACGGAAGAGGAAGCGCAGCCGUUGGAUGUGACCGCGUAUAGCACCCUCAUCAGCGUUUGUGAAAAGGCUUCGGAGUGGCCGAGAGCAAUCGGCUUGUUCUUGGCUAUGCAGAAGUCCAGCGUGGCGCCGGAUGCCCAGAGCUACAGCACCGCCAUUCGCGCCUGUGGGGUGGUCGACAUGUGGCCUGCGGCCCUGGAACUGAUGUCACAGUUGGGAACCGAAAGGCUCUCUGCAGAUGUCAUCACUUAUAACUCUGCGUUGAAUUCAUGUGCGGUUAAUUCGCAAUGGCAAAUUUCUCUGGUGUUGCUAGAGGAGGCUUUCGGCAACUCAUUGGCUGAUGCAGUGACCUACGGAACCACCAUCCUCGCAUGCGAGAAAGGUGGACAGUGGCAAAGUGCACUGCAGAUUUUCAAUGCUUUAUCGAAUGACUUAAAGGAUGGUUUCAUCUACACCACCGUUAUGGGAGCAUGCACCCAGGCACGUCAAUGGGAAUCAGCCUUGUGGCUAUUUGCAGAGAUGCAGCAGUUAUCCCUGCGCACCGGGGUGGUGUCAUACACGGCGGCUAUUGAUGCCUUCGGAUGUGCCAGCCAGUGGCAAAAAGCCGUUUUCCUCUUGGCGCAGCUGCAAUCGAUGCCGAAUGAUUUUCCGAAUCUGAUGACCUACACUGCUGUGGCGGCUGCCUGUGAACAGCAGGGGCUGUGGCAGCAGGUGCUGCAGCUUCUGGCAGAAGUGCAGCCGGAUGUGACGCUCUAUGACUUGGCCAUUAAGGCCUGCGAGCGAGGACUCUGUUGGCAAGUGUCUUUUGCCCUCCUAGCUGAGCUGAAGAGUGAGUUGCACGACUCUGGAACUCAGCGCACUAAGGGAUCCCCAAGAACAAGAGACAGUCACAGAAACCAUGGAAUUUUGGAGCUGACGAUGGAAGCGUCGGAUGAUCGUUGCGACGUGCUGGCGGUCUUGCGUCACUUGAGCCAGGCAGAUCAGCAAUUGGCUGAUGAUGCCACUGUCAGACGCUAUUUGCGAGCGUAUGUCAACGACCCAAAAGCUGCUGCGAAAGCCUUGGCAGCUACUCUGAAGUGGCGGCGCCAAACGCAGCCGCAGCGGCAGCUCUGCGGUGCCUGUGCGCGAGAUCCACGGAGCCACAAUCUGCGGCUGGUAGGGAUUGACCGUAUGGAACGUCCAGUGCUGUACACGUGCUUUAGCCAAGCCUUGAAUCGUUUGAAUGCCACGGACAACGUGGACCAUCUGAUAAGGAGCAUGGAGGAUUCCAUUGCCGUGAUGCACUCCCGAGCCUCAACGGGGAAAGGAAACCCUGGGUGCUGGGUCUUCAUCGUGGAUUACCACGGCUACUCCUGGCUGGUGGAUACCAACCCCCGCACGGCACUGCUGGCAGCCCAGCUACUGGCGCAUUAUCCGGAGCGUUUGGGUCGCUGCAUUAUGGUGGACGCUCCAAGCGCCUUUGCGGGAACCUGGGCGGUGCUCAAAGGCGUUUUGAAUGAGGUCACCACUGGGAAGAUCGUCUUCGUACGCAGCCAUGAUGGCUCCUUGGCAAAGGAGCUGAGCAACUGGGCAGAUGCCUCUCUGCAGUGCUGGCUGCUGACGGAGAUUGCAGAGAAUCGACUGGAAAGGAACCAGGGUGGCAAGAAGAUGUACUGGAAGCCUCCGUCUCAGGGGUCCAAGGGGCAAGUCACCCACGAUCCGCGUGCCUCGGCCGAGUUUUUGGCCUCGCCGCAGUUCCAGCUGACCUUGACCCGACGCCUGGCAGAUCCGGAGCGCUGCGAGCCGGCACCGGAGGGCGAGGGUCGAGCCAUCGGUGGCUACCGAGGUGCGUUUGCACUCCUCAUGUGGCAUGCGGCCCUACUGCAACUCUGGGCCUGGGGAGUGCACAUUGGAGCGCUGAUCGUGGGAGAGCUGUUGUUCUGCACGGCCGUAAGCUUUCUGGCUCCCGUUUUCAAAGAGUUUUCGGCCACAAAGCACAAGGCUUCAAGUCCUGCAGCUCAUCGUGAGGCGCAGGUCAUGGAUCGACCCAAGCCAGCGGGCGAUCGUGGGGAGUUGGGUGUCAGUUGCUGGUCCUGCUUCCCGUUUUGCUAAUGUGGCUAUGGCUCAAGAGAUCUCGAUCAUUUCCAGACUGGAUGAUUGGGGUUUGAAAUCAGGGUGCCACCUAAAAACCGAC